GGUGAUUCCAACCUGUGAUAACUGAGAACAAUACAAAUAGAGAUUUGAAAUUCAUGUUGAAUCAUGAAUCAUAUGUCUGCAUCUCUCAAAGUCUCCAAUAGCUCCAAAUUCCAGGUCUCUGAGUUUAUCCUGCUGGGAUUCCCAGGUAUUCACAGCUGGCAGCACUGGCUAUCUCUGCCCCUGGCACUACUGUAUCUCUCAGCACUUGGUGCAAAUACCCUCAUCCUCCUCAUCACCUGGCAGAACGCUUCUUUGCAGCAGCCCAUGUACCUUUUCCUUGGCAUCCUCUCUGUGGUUGACAUGGGUCUGGCCACUACUAUCAUGCUUAAGAACCUGGCCAUCUUCUGGUUUGAUGCCAAGGUCAUUAGCCUCCUUGAGUGCUUUGCUCAGAUUUAUGCCAUUCACUUCUUUGUGGGCAUGGAGUCUGGUAUCUUCCUCUGCAUGGUUUUUGAUAGAUAUGUGGCUAUUUGUCACCCUCUUCGCUAUCCAUCCGUUGUCACCAGUUCCUUAAUCUUAAAAGCUAACCUGUUCAUGGUGCUGAGAAAUGGCUUAUUUGUCAUCCCGGUGCCUGUGCUUGCAGCACAGCAUGACUAUUGCUCCAGGAAUGAAAUUGAACACUGCCUGUGCUCUAACCUUGGGGUCAGCCUGGCUUGUGAUGACAGGAGGCCAAACAGCAUUUGCCAGUUUGUCCUGGCAUGGCUUGAAAUGGGGAGUGAUCUAAGUCUUAUUAUACUGUCAUAUAUUUUGAUUCUGUACUCUGUACUUAGACUGAACUCAGUUGAAGCUGCAGCCAAGGCCCUGAGCACUUGUAGUUCACAUCUUACCCUCAUCCUUUUCUUUUACACUAUUGUUGUAGUGAUUUCAGUAACUCAUCUGACAGAGAUGAGGGCUACUUUGAUUCCAGUUCUACUUAAUGUGUUGCACAACAUCAUCCCCCCUUCCUUCAACCCUAUAGUUUAUGCACUUCAGACCAAAGAACUUAGGGCAGCCUUCCAAAAGGUGCUCUUUGCUCUUACAAAAGAAAUAAGAUCCUAG